CGAGCUGCGGCGGGGAAGCUGGGCGGCCCGGCGGUUGCCACCAUGGCAGCGGCUGAGGGCCAGGGGAGCGGCGGCGGGAGCCCGGGGGCCGCAGGAGGUAACCGGCAGUUGAAGUACAUCAGUCUGGCCGUCCUGGUGGUGCAGAACGCCUCCCUGAUCCUCAGCAUCCGGUACGUGCGCACGCUGCCCGGGGACCGGUUCUUCGCCACCACGGCCGUGGUCAUGGCCGAAGUCCUCAAAGGAGCCACCUGCCUGCUGCUCAUCCUCAUUCAGAAGCGAGGUAACCUGAAGCAGUUUGCCUCAUUCCUGUACGACUCUGUCGUGGUGCAGUACAUGGACACCCUCAAACUAGCAGUGCCUUCUCUCAUUUACACCCUCCAGAACAACCUCCAGUACGUGGCCAUCUCCAACCUGCCUGCAGCCACCUUCCAGGUCACCUACCAGCUGAAGAUCCUCACCACCGCCGUCUUCUCCGUGCUGAUGCUGCGCAAGAGCCUCUCCCGCCUCCAGUGGCUGUCCCUCGUCCUCCUCUUUGCCGGCGUGGCCAUCGUCCAGGUGGAACAGCAGCAGGCGGGGAGCAAGCCGACGCCCGGGGGCCUGGAAGCCCAGCAGAGCUACCCGGUGGGCCUGGCGGCCGUGGUGGUGUCGUGCCUCUCGUCCGGCUUCGCCGGGGUCUACUUCGAGAAGAUCCUCAAGGGCAGCGCCGCCUCCGUCUGGCUGCGCAAUGUCCAGCUGGGCAUCUUCGGGACCCUGCUAGGGCUGCUGGGCCUGUGGUCCACAGAGGGGCCGGCCGUGGCCCAGCGCGGAUUCUUCUUCGGCUACACCCCGCUGGUGUGGGGCGUGAUCCUGAACCAGGCCUUCGGCGGGCUGCUGGUGGCCCUGGUGGUGAAAUACGCCGACAACAUCCUCAAGGGCUUUGCCACGUCCUUCUCCAUCGUGGUGUCCACCGUGGCGUCCAUCUACCUCUUUGACUUCCACCUCAACCUGCUCUUCGCACUGGGAGCAGGGCUGGUGAUAGGGGCCGUCUACCUGUACAGCCUGCCGAAGGGCCCGUCGGCCGGCCGGCCCUCCCUGGGAACUGACGGGCAGCAGCCGGGUCACGCCGCCCAGUGCAAGGAACUCCCUUCCGUGGCCACGCAAGGCUUCCUGACCAAGUCAGUGCUGGUCAAUUGAAGAGAACAGAGCGGCACCCCCUUCCCGGCGGCCAGCUCGGUUUCUCGCGGAGCUUCCCCAACACCGUGCCCCUUUCCCGCCCAUCCUCUCCUCAUGCCUUUCCAGUUCUCCCAGCCUGUAUCCACCUCAGCUCCUUCCCGGCCUUACCAUCUCCGUUUCUCGCCUCCGAGCUGCCCCGAGCGCACCUUUCCCCCCUUUCCUUCCCCUCAGUCUGUUCCCUUGCCUCCCGUUAACUGGUCUCCAUUUGGCACUGCGGCCUGAAACCCUUUUUUCCCCAGUCACUUCCCCCCCGUGCCGGCCAAAACUCUCCCAACGUCUCCCCGGCUUCUGCAGCUCACUGUCUAAGGACAUCCCACCCUUUCCGUCACACCCCAGCAGGAUUUGGGGGGGGGGGGGGAGGGGAGCGUGUCACCUGUGACCUCCCCUCCCCCCCGACCUCCCAGUCUCCCUCUUGUUUCAUCAGGAGGUAGCAAGUUUUCAAAGAAGUGUUAUUUUUGUACAAACGACAGAAACCAAACGGAGGGGCAGAAGGCGAGGGCGCACGCACGGCCGUGGAGAUAGCCCGGGAGAGGUGGCUCACGUCGGCCAUUUUGGAGCAUACCUUUUUUCCCCCUCCCCUUUUCAAGUGCCACCUUUGGGGAAGUGACGGGAAUGUUAUUUAUUUUCGUUGGGGAACGCCGGAGGCUGAUCUGCUGUGAAGGAUACAGACAAAACCGCACACGGGGGGCGGGGGGGGGCCCUGAGCGGGCAAGGCCACGUUUCUGAGAGAGGCGGACAGAGAAGGCAGGCCGCUUGAGGAAUAAGUCUGCUGAAUGUCGGCGUCCUUUUCGGCAAGCCUUCCUCGGAACCGGCAAGGUGUCUUUUUGUGGGCCGGGGGCCAGGAGGCCCAGUGACCAGAGCCGAGCCAAUUCACCUCAGAUGGAAACGGGAAAAGGGCACUGCUUGGCAGGGAUGUGGUAGGCUCGGUUGUGUGGGGGGGGGCGGUCAGAGGACCUCGUGGGGAGGUCCAGCAGAGCCGCAGCCGGUCUCUGGGCGUGUGUCAUUCCUCUGUCCCCCCCCCCCCAAGUGUGUUUUGGAGGCUCACUGGAUGAAUGGAGGGGCCGGGACCGGGGGGGCACAGAUUGCUAGCUGCUAAUGAAGACGUCACUGCAUCGCAAGCCGCUUGGCCUCCUUGAACUUAGACGUUUGGCUGGAAAUCUCAACAAUCAUGUUAGCGGGGUGGUGGUGGUGUUUGGGCAAAUGUGGACAGUACUUAAGACAGCCUGAUGCUGGAGGCCGAAGCAGGACAGAACAUUCGUUUAACUGUUGCACCCUUCGGUUGCUGCUUAGUGUGUGUGUGUGUGCGUGCGCGGGGGGGGGAUAGUUUGGACCCGAGUCUUGUGCUUUGUGGGUCCCCCCCCCCCCGGGGUAUGGGCAGCCCGGCUGGAAUGCGGCCCUCCCCACUCCCCGCACACCUUAACCUUGUGUUCCUCCAGGGGCUUGGGAAAGACCAGCGUUUGCCGCCAGAGGCGACGGCCGCAGAAGGCAAUUCCGUAAACCCCUUGUGAGUCACCCUUCUUAGAUGGAUCGGCUGUUGUCAGUAACUGAACUCUGGGCAGUUCGUGACGUCUGUGGCGGUGCUCGCCGCCGUGCCUCAGUUUCCCCGUCCUUCUGGGGGCGGGGCUCGACAGGGCCGGGCGGGGCUUAGGUAUUACGCAUUUCGUGCCAGAUCGGAAAACACUAACCGUGGGUGUGGGAUCACGUCAGGAGAGCAGGGUGGGUUUCGGUCUGCUGUUUGGAACGGACGGGGCAGGGGGGGGGGACGCGAGGAAUAAUCACACAGUCACACAGUGUAUAUAGGGUUUUUAGACCGCCGACCGUUUUCUACGAUUCCUGCUUUUUUAAAGGGGCGGGGGGCGGGCGGGUCGGAAAGCCUGUGCUCUUCGCCAAUGUACA